AUACUUUCUUUUUUCUGCUUUAUAAAAUGCCAGCGUUUCCUAUAUUAUCAGUCUCGAGGAAACCAGUUCUUUUAGCGAUAUUCUUUACUGUAUUUGUCUUUUUAUAUAACAUAGCAAGUCAUCCUAGAGUAAGCAAGACUAUGCAGUCUGUUGCUUACUACAAUGACUAUGAUGAACGAGCUUGUCUUCCUCAACAACUUCUUGAUAAAAGCCCGCCUGUUAAAAAAGCCAAGGCUGCUAUUGUUAUCCUUGUCAGAAACAAAGAACAAGAAGCUAUUGCACAAACCAUUGUGAAUUUUCAAGACAAAUUCAACAAAAAUUUUGAUUAUCCCUAUGUGUUUUUAAACGAAGUUCCAUUUACACCUCAAUUCAAAUCAGCCAUGAGAGCAGCAGCUCCCUCAGCCAUGAUGCAAUUUGGUCUUGUGCCUGAAGAACAUUGGAGUUAUCCUUCUUGGAUUGAUCAAGACUUGGCAGCUGAGUCAAGAAAGAAGAUGGAGAGCGAAGGUGUCAUGUAUGCUGGUUUAGAGAGCUAUCAUCAUAUGUGUCGAUACCAAUCUGGCUUUUUUUUUGAUCACCCUCUUUUAGAUGAGUAUGAAUGGUAUUGGCGUGUUGAGCCUGGCGUUGAAUUCUUCUGUGACAUUACUUAUGAUCCAUUCUUGUACAUGCAAAAGUACAAUAAAAAGUAUGGUUUUGUUGUCACUCUGACUGAACUCAAGGAGACCAUUCCUACGCUCUGGAAGACAGUCGAAGAUUAUGCUCAAUCAAGAAGAAUUGAUAUCUCAAACACAAGUAAACGUUUGUUUCCUUAUUUCAGAAACAAAGAAACAGGCGAUUUCAAUCUAUGUCACUUUUGGUCUAAUUUUGAAAUUGGCUCCUUAAACUUAUGGCGAAGUCCUCAAUACCGUGAUUUCUUUGAUUAUUUAGACAAGACAGGCAACUUUUUCUAUGAACGAUGGGGAGAUGCACCAGUGCAUUCAUUGGCAGCUGGAUUGUUUUUAAAGACAGAUGAAGUGCAUUAUUUUGAAGAUAUUGGAUACCAACAUGAUUUGUACAGACAUUGUCCCACAAAAGCCAGCGGAUUAGGCUGUAGAUGUCAUUGCCCUGAAGGAACAAAUGAGAAGAGCAUUGAUCAUGAUAAGAACUAUGAUACUUGUCUUCCAGUCUGGUUACAACAUGUAAAAGAAGAGAAAAAGAGAGCCAAUUGGAAUGUUUGGUCAUGUAAAGAAUAAAUUUACAUACAUUUCAAGUAUAUAUAUAUAUAUAUAUAUAUAUAUAUAUAUA